AUGGGAUACAAGGACAAAAGCAGCAGGCUGGCCGCCUUCGUGCGCGGUAGCUCUGACAGCGGGAUCGCCACCGCCACAGCGCCUGCCAGCACAGCGCCUGCCAACCCCAACGUCGAGGCCCCGGAUGAGAAGCACCCAUCAACACCGCGUAGGCGUCCGUCCGCGCAAAGCCGGCAGCAGCUUGCCGAUGCCGUCAAGAUGCCUAUCCCUAUCCAUCCUCGGAAUCCUGCCCCAGUGCUGCACGAACCCAAGGCGGAAGCCGGUCAGGGGAAGCUCCAGUCCCCACGACGCAAUAUGCUGCCGCCCUCUUCUUUCCCCCCGGUGCCCAGAGACUCUGACAGCAACCACGGCGACAUCUUCUCUGGCUCGCAGCUCGGUGAUAAUUUCAUGAACUCGGGCCUCUCGACGCCUCAGAACGAGCCUGACAACUUGGACGAAGAGGUUACGCCAACGGCUAAGCGGCGUGAGCAGACCGUCGAAAUACCAUUGGAAGAUCUUGCGCGGCAUUCGCUUGUACAGCGCAGCUCAUCUUUUGUCGUGAAUGAAGAGGGCCGGGUAGCAGUCAUCGACGGCAACAGGCGGAGAAUUCCUCCGCAAAUGAUGGACGGCUUCCGCGAUGAUGGCGAGGACACGUUCGAGCACAAAAGACCUCCAGCCAGGCACACCUUCCAUCAUCGCUUUCCAGUCAUGCCUAACCCCCCAACCACGGUUCGGCCGGCACGAGUGAAAAAGCCCCCUGCCCCUGGUCUACCACCAAAAAUUAUCGAGGAGGCCGACGAGGAACACAGCCCCGUGACAUCGGAGGAGAGUGCAUCUUGGCCAGAACAGCGAACGAGAGAUCAUCACCGAUCGCGGCCUUACGACCAUGGCUGGGACGACAAUCAUGAGCUUCAGAACAACUUUGGAAGUCCGCCCCAAUCAAUACCGGAACCCAAGGUCACGCAAGAGCCGACUAGGCGACCGUCCGUCGCACCCCGGUUGCCGCAGCAGCACCAUUCUAGAGAUCGCAAGCGGCGCCAGCCGAGUGCCGAGUAUGACGACAAUAUGCUGAGUUCCAUGACGUACAAGGACCUGCAAGACGAGCCAUUCGACGGCGGUGACGCGAGACCCAACGGGCUCAAUGGGCGGGAACUAGCCGCCAAGCUCCCGUCAAAACUUGCCCAGUACCGCCACCUCAGCGAUCGGGAACAGAGCCAGAUGUUUGCUUCCCUGUCCAUGGAGGAUUGGGAGACUGCCGGUGACUGGUUCGUUGACCAGUUCACCAACAUCAUGCAGCGCCUGAAGCAAGCGCGGAGGGACAAGCGACGCCUGAUCCGCGACUUUGAAAACGAGGCGGCGGUGCGCGAGGAGGCCGUCCGGCUCCGUUCGGACACGAUUGACAGGCAGUUGGCCAAGAUGCGCCAGGACGGGCUCCGCGUGGUGCAGGACAAGAUUACAUAG